UGAAAUGACUAUUUGACCAAUCACAACAAGCUAAGCGACCACACUUCCUGAUUCACAAAACGCAUGUUGGUGUUCAUGCUGCUGAGGUCAACGCGAGUACAAUUAUUCUGUUACCGAACAAGUUGGCUAUCAUGGCAAAGAGUAAAUCAUGUGAAUCAGAUCCCAAAAGAAGUGGGUGCAAAAGGAUGAAGUUGAAUUCAAAUGAGAGAGAUGUCUGCAUUGAUGAAAGCAAAGUGAAAAAGAAAAGGAAAAAUACUGACAUUGAGGAGGCUCCUAUACCAGUCCCCACAUUGUCAAAGAACACUUCAGAGGACGUGGUGACAAAUUCAAGGAAACCCAAACAACAAGCAGAUGAUGCACAGAAGGAAAAGAAGCGGAAGAAGAAGAACAAAACUACUGGGAGUCCCAAGCCAAUCAUAGUCCCAGCUGCAGCAGAAGAUGAGGAGGAAGAUAAUGUGAUGGAGGGAGAGGAGGACUUGAGUCCAGAGGAGAGACGAGUCCUCGAGAGGAAAAUGAAGAAGAUUCUGAAAAAGGAGCAAAAGGAUCAACUUAAAGCUGAAGGGAAGACAGAAGACAAAAAUGAGGCCUCGAAACCCAUUGCUCCCCAACAGGCGCUAGACUACCUUACCUGUUGGGCUGAGAACCGUAAGGAGUGGAAGUUCCAGAAGACCAGGCAGACGUGGUUACUACAGCACAUGUUUGACUCAGAGAAGAUCCCAGAUGAGAACUUCUCUGUGCUUCUGUCUUACCUGGACGGGCUGCGUGGGGGGGCCAGGGACACCACCGUGCAGAAGGCUGAGACAUUGGUGCGGGAGGGGGAACAGGACACAGAUGCCCAGCAGAGGAUACAAAGAGCCAGGGAAAUCAUCCAGCUGCUUUCCUGACCAACCACUACCAUUAUUCUAGAUGAUCAAUCAAAUACCACCACAGCACCACCACCACACUCAAAGGGAAUAUUCAGUUCACUAGAUUCUUAUCUGCUGGUUCCUCAAUUAAUGCAGUAUUCACUGUGUAUACAAAAUUAAAUGGCAACCAGCCAUGGUUGCUGGAAUGUUGAUACCAAUGAAUUCCAUAUUAUGUUCACACUUCUGUUAAGUAUUGUGAUGCUGUAUGUUUUGUUAUGACAUGAUGUAAUGUGAAUAUAUCCAUGGUUUCAUGUAAUCAAACUUGUCAUUUGCCAGUAGAUGAGCCAUUUAAAGCUGCAAUAUGUAACUUUUUGUGCAACGCUACCAAAUUCACAUAUAAAUGUGAGUUAUAGAUCUGUCAUUUGUCUAAGAAGCAGUAGAUAUGUCCUAUGUGCGCUAUGCUUGUGCUAAAGUUUUGGUUUUUACUUUUGGUUUUGUACACCAGCUUCAAACAGCUCAAAAUACAAUAGUUUUGGUUAUUUCACAGCGGUUUAGAUUGUACAAUGAUUCUCUACACUAUACUUGCUUGUUUGGUCACAUAAACUGAAAUUAGGCAAACUAUUAGAAUUUUAGUAACCAGGAACUUAUGCAUAGUGACUAACCACAGUACUCCAGUCUAAAGCCGAUUGUUAAUCUUGCUGGGGAUGAUGAGCCCGUUUGUGCUGCAUCUGUAUCCUCCAUGUUUGUUUGACCUGUCAGUGAUGGAGCUGAUGUUGCCUUUUUAACAGUUUGUCUGGCUAUAUACAGAAUAUAUGUUGGAAUCCCCCCCCCCCCCCCCCCCAAAAUGCAUAUGAAGUUAAAAAAAUUAUGUUAGAAGAGUAACACAUUUUAUUCAGUCUUGCACACUAGACUGCUAUCAAGCCACUGUUUAACUGUUGCUGUACAACCAGUACAACUUUUGGGACUACUUCAAGACUACUUCUUGAGUAUGUAGUUUGCCCCUGCCUGUGUUUUGGCCAAUGGCUAAUAAAUUCAGUUGUGACUGCGAUCAAUGCCGAGCAGAGACCAGGGUCCGGUCCAGCAUCAAUUCUAACAGUAUAAUAAGAAGCAUAACAGUUCCACCUUUCCUUUUAGAAGGUGGGUAGCAUAAACGUUACCAGAGAUUUGCAUCCAUUUUGCAUACCCCACCCUACCAUUAGACAUCCAUGUCUUCAUCACUGGAAAAUAUAAAUGGUUGAGUUUGAUAUCACUUAAAAGCUUACAAACAGGGUUGUCAAAACUAUUUCAUAAAAAGUUGUUUAAUGAUAUAAAAGCAUAUAAACUCA